CGAGAAGCUUGAAGCCUCGGAAUCGAGAAAAACAAAAGCAGGAACCAAAACACCUGAAGUUUAGGAUCCAACCUUCCACAGAAACACACAACGACAAUGAUCUCCCGAACACUCUUCGCCGCGGCCGCCAUGGCCGCUGGCGUUCUGGGUCAGCAAUCCACCACAUUCACCGACGACAAGUCCGGCAUCAAGUUCUCGUACUACGAGAAGUCCGGCUGGGGUUUCGGUCUGGCUCUUCCUGAGGCACCCAAGGCGGGCGGCGACUUCAUCGGUAUCCUGCAGUCCAACACCGUAGAUGGUUACGCUGCCGUCUCCCUGGGUGGCCCCAUGGCCAACUCCCUGCUCGUCACCGCCUGGGCUGACGGCGACAAGAUGGUCGGUUCCCUGCGCAAGGCCUCCGGCUACACCAACCCCGCCCCGGUCACCGACGCCUCCAUGGGCAUGUACGAGAUCUCCAAGGGUACUGCCAUCAACUCGACCGGCUGGCAAUACACUUUCCUCUGCAAGGGCUGUAUCACGGACGACAGCGAGUCUUUCACCGUCGAUGCUGAGGCCGAUGUCUUCGGAUACGCUCUGUCCAAGACUGCCCUGACUGACACCAGCGACGCUUCCGCUGUCCUCAACUACCACGGCGCUGCGUUCGGUGAGUACAGCCACAGCCUGGCUGCCGCCAAGUCUGCCGACUACGACACCUGGGCUGCUCUGGCUUCCAAGACCGCGGCUGGCAGCGUUUCCGGCGGCGCGAGCAACUCCACCGUGGGCGGCAGCGCUCAGAACAUCACCACCACCACCAGCAAGGACACCUACGACUACAUCGUCGCCGGUGCCGGUGCUGCCGGUCUGAUUGUCUCCCAGCGUCUGGUCGAGUCUGGCGCCUCCGUGCUCCUCCUCGAGCGUGGUGGACCCUCCACCUACUCCACUGGUGGUGACGCUACCGUCCCCUACAACGACACCAUCACCCAGUACGAUGUUCCCGGCAUGGCCUACUACCUCAGCAAGGCCGGUGACACUUCUGAGUACUGUCUUGACACCGCCUCCAUGGCCGGCUGCAUCCUCGGUGGUUCCACCAUGGUCAACGCUCUGAUGUUCGUCAAGCCCGCGGCUCACGACUUCGACGACAAGUGGCCCACGGGCUGGAAGUGGUCUGACGUCUCCGCUUCCGCCGAUUCCUUCUACGAGCGCAGCCCUGGCUUCAUCCUCCAGAACGGCACCGGUGUCGACCAGGACGCCUUCCACCUCAUGUCCGGCUUCUUCGAGAAGCAGGGCUGGUCGCAGGUCAACGCUCUCGAGAACCCCGACGCCAAGGAGAAGGUCUACACCCACCCCCCUUGGUUGAUCGAGGACGGUCUCCGUGGCGGCCCCAUCCGCUCUUACCUUCCCCUCGCCCAGGCCAAGGACAACUUCAAGCUGUCGCUCAACACCAAGCUCGUCCGUGUCAUCCGCGAGGGCGCCACCGCCACCGGUGUCGAGGUUGAGCUGUCCAACGGCAACCGCCAGAUCAUCAACCUCACCUCCGGCGGCAAGGUCGUCCUGGCCGGCGGUGCUCUGUCUACCCCCCGUAUGCUGAUCAACUCUGGUAUCGGCCCCAAGGAGCAGAUCCAGACCGUCAAGAGCGGCUCCGUCAAGGUCACCCUGCCCGACGAGGCUGACUGGAUCGAGCUCCCUGUCGGUGAGCACCUGAUGGACCACCCCAUCUUCACCGUCAGCCUGAAGGUCAAGGACGGCCUGGCCGCCCUGCCCGAGACCGCCUUCACCGCCCCCAACGAGACCGUCGCCAGCGAGUUCAACACCAAGUCUGCUGGUCUGCUCGCCCAGGCCGGCCAGCGCAUCAACAUCUGGGACUCCGUCAAGUCCGACGACGGCCUGACCCACUACGUCCAGGGAACCAUCAACGCCCCCUCCGCCAACACCAUCAAGGUCAAGAUCUACCUGACCCACGGCAUCACCUCCACCGGCGCCCUGGGCAUCACGGCCUCCGGCGCGACCGAGAUCACCAAGCAGCCCUACCUGAUCGACGCGGGCGACAAGAACGCCAUCAAGACCUUCAUGGCCAACCUCAUCGAGAUGGUCAACGGCCCCGACUCCCCCUUCAACCCGAUGAACUCGACCGCCGACUCCCUGAUCGCCGAGGACAACAUGACCACCGGCUCGCACUUUGUCGGCACCGCCCGCAUGGGCGCCACCAACGACGGCUCCUCCGUCGUCGACACCAACACCAAGGUCUGGGGCACCGACAACAUCUACGUCGUCGACGCCUCCAUGCACCCCGACCUGCCCACCGGCAACACCCAGGCCAUCGUCAUGGUCGCCGCCGAGCACGCCGCCAAGGCCAUCCUGGCCGACACCACCGGCGCCUCGACCUCGACCAACGCCAGCGCCGGCUCCUCUGCCUCGUCCGGCAGCAGCAGCUCCGCCUCUUCGUCCGGCAGCUCCACCGGCUGCAAGCGCAGGCGUGCCGCCAGGAAGCUGUAAGCGGCUCCGCCUGGUCUCGUCAGACAAGGACACGGGGGUGGUGAGGUGAAGCGCGCGUGGUCGCUCAUAUGUUUCUGUGUACGAUUUGGGUCUUGCAUAGCGUGGAAUCCGAGACGAGGAAACGUCUUUUCAGUGUAAAUAUCUUGUUAUUAGUUGAAGACAUAAAGGAAG